AUAUAUCAAUCAAGAUUUUUACUCGCUGCAUUCAAGUGUUGGAAAGUUAUUUUAAGAAUUUAUACAAAUACAACUGAAUUAUCUCGUAUAUGUUCAAAUGCUGUAAUUGAAACGGGAAUUGUAUCCAAUGAUUUAAAUGAUUUAAAUGAUUCAAAUGAUCGAAAUGAUGAUUCUUCUAAUUCUUCUUAUGGAGAUAAAA